AUGGAACGAUAUUUAUCUUGGGAACCACAAUAUGCAUUUGAGAAGAUAUUUCCUCUAGUGACCCGUUGGCAGCUUGUACACCUUCCUGGUAUUUCUGCAGACAACCGUCUAACAAUGCUCGAUUUAUACAUACCUGAAGCAAUAAAGAAAGUUCGGAAUAUUAGGUCUGUUGCGAGUUACGAAAUUAUUUGGAAGACUGAUCAUAGUACGAUAAAAAGAUUAAAAGAAUAUAUUACAUUAGAUAAUGUGAGUGAUAAUGGUGCAGAUAUUCCAUUUGAAUUGGCAAGUAUUGAGCCACAAAGUGCUGUACAAAAAUGUUAUCCAGAAUUAGUUGAAGCAUUUGAAAAUGCAAGAAAUGCGAAAACAAAGAAACGACCGAAUAAAAAGAAAAUACAAAACGACACAGAUGCUAGUGAUAAAAAACGAAAAGCAGGAAAGAGGCGUCAGAAGAGAAAUGCAAAAACAGAAAAUAAUAGAAAAAUUGAUGAAUUCGUUUCCAAAAAUGAUCCUACGUCUUUAGAAGAAUCUUUCCGAAGGAUGAGUAUUACAUCAAUAAAAUCUAAAAAAUGUAAAACAUUAGAUGAUUUACAAGAAAGUCCGAAAAGAAGUGAUAAAGUUAAACGCGGUCCUCAGUUCGAAAAAGUAUUACAAUUAGAGAAUAUCAAUUCAAACUUAAAUAAUACAUUGGAUAGAAUGUUUAACGAACUUUCACCGGAUGAUUUUAUUGACGAGAACGAUGAUCAUGAUGUAAACAUGUCAGAGAUAAUAGACAAUAUAUGUAAUCAAAGGGUCUUCAAAUUUAAUGUUUCGGAAAAUGUGCAAACAUCUAAAGAUGAAAAUAAUUUAUGUGAAAAAGACACUGAAGAUGUGAAAACAGUUGAUGACGUAGUUAAUUGUGAAACGAACUCUGAUCAAUGUUUCAGAAAUGAUAUAAUUCAUAAUCAAUCAGUUGAUGAAUUUGCUGAUAUAAAUGAAUCCUAUAUUCCUCUUAAUCACAGAAUAAAUUGCGAGAAAUCGAAGAAAAGACUUCAAAGAACUUCUACGCUAAUAAACGAUAGAUUUAGUCUUGGAUUUCAUGAUCUUAUGAAUGAUACCGACAGAGAAACCGAAUUUGUCAUGCAGCAUUUAAUAUGAAGUGAAU